UUUUACUACCAGAAGUCUCCCUCUCUUCCUCUCUCCCUCACUCUCUCUCUCUCUCUCUCUCUCUCUCUCUCUGCGCGCUCCUGCUUUCUCUCUGGUGUGGAAUGAGAAAAAUAGAAUCGAAACUGUGAGAGACGCUCCUUUAUCGUACGAUUCUAUUCCACCAUGUCUCGCACUUGCUCGCAGUGUGGCAACAACGGCCAUAACUCCCGUACAUGCAUCCACGGCGGCGGCGGCGAUGGUUCGUCUAAGGAUAACGGGAUUAUGCUGUUUGGCGUGCGACUCACUCAAGGGAACUCGUUCAGGAAGAGUGCUAGUAUGACGAAUCUGUCGCAGUAUGAAGCUCAGGCUCAGGAUUCAAACGCCGUCGACGCUGGUUAUGCCUCCGACGACGUCGUUCACGCUUCCGGACAGACGCGCGAGCGUAAGAGAGGUGUUCCCUGGACGGAGGAAGAGCACAGGCUAUUCCUGUUGGGGUUACAGAAAGUCGGGAAAGGAGAUUGGAGAGGGAUUUCCAAGAACUUCGUCAAAACUCGGACGCCAACUCAGGUGGCGAGUCAUGCUCAGAAGUACUUCCUUCGCCGCCACAACCAGAACCGAAGACGCCGGAGAUCAAGUCUCUUUGACAUUACCACCGAUACAGUAGUGAUGGAACCCUCUUUAAUGGAAGAAGAACAAAUUCACCAUGAAACGGCGAUACCGCCCACACAUCCACAGUUAUACUACAGCGGCUUACCCAGUCCAACUUUUCCGACCAAGACGAUGGCAGGAGAGAGAUCAGCGAAGCCUAUUAGGCCGAUGCCAAUCCUACCAGUCCCUCCGUCAUCGAAAAUGGCCACUCUAAAUCUGAAAGAGAAGGUUCCAAUAAGAGAUCCCCUACCAUUAUCGCUGAAGCUGCCGACAUCGCCGUCAACAUCAAAUGAGCAGUCGCAGGCAAGCAGCCAGUCAUCGCCGUCGGAUUUUCAGGCUAUGUCUGACAAGUUCAGCGGCGGUGGAGAUAGCAUAAUAAGCGUGGCUUGAAAGAAAGGGGAAUAUUAUUGACUGACCAAUGAAGCAGUAAUGGGCAAUUCAGGGACUUUGCAAAGGGCAAAGAUGAGAAUGCAAGGGUUAGAAAAUAAAACAAACAUUAGCUGGAAAAAAAGGGGUUAGGUGCUUGGAUUAAUGUAGGUGAUUAGGCCAUUAAUUAAUAUUUUCCGACUUGUACAGGUUAGAGAGAGAGAGAGAGGGGGGGGGGGGAAGAGGAGGAGGAGAUGGGUAGUCAUAUUCAGAAUUGGUCUUGGGGGAUUUUUUUUGAAUGCUUUAGAUUGGUCACUUUUCUUUUAGAAGUGGGAGAUGAAGAUGGAUGGGACUUAAGGUUAAGGUACUCUUUCUUAUGGCCAUUGGUCUGUUUAUUUAUGUUAUAUUAUAUGUAAUGGCUUCUAAACUAUCCUUGGUUUCUUGCCUAUAUGAAGAUGUCUUGUUUUA